GCCCCUCCCCUUCGCGCGCCCUUCGCGGGGCGGGCUCUCCGGCGGGAGCGCGUGCCCCUCCUGUCCUCUCCCUCCCUCCCUGCCCGGCGGCCCGGCGCCGCCGCCGGCUUAUUGUGGAGACUCGCCCCGCGCCGCUGCCACUGGAGCGGGAGCGGCGGAGCCGCUGGUCCCGCAAAGCCGAGCGCGGGAGCCGGGGGCGUGCUGGGCUGCGGCUCGGCCUCCUGCUCCGCUCUGGCCGGCGCCUUCCGCGUCCCACGCAGCCCCUCCCCCACGCGCGGCAGCGGCGCGCGCCCCUGUCCCCGCGUGCACGGGCGGCGGGCGGGCGGGCGCCCGGCGCUCGGGCGUGUGCGAGGCGUGAGGUGGAGAUGGGGGCGGAGGGAACCGGAGCUGUCACAGGCCCCGGGUCCGCCUGACCGAGCCAAGUGGGGUGUCAUGGCCGCGGGGGGCAGCGGCUGCACUUCCUCUGCGGGCGGCGGCGGCGGCAGCGGCCGGGGAGUUAAUCCUCGACGCUCGGGUCGGUCCCGUUUCCCUCUGUGCGGCGGCCGGCGGGACCAUAAGGGCUUAACUCAUAUAUUUAACCCCCCUCCAAAAAGGUUUCGUUGGAAGGAAUUAUGCAAAUCCUGCUUUCUGGUGUCCAUUCAGCGGCAAUUUCAUGCGGGUUUGAAAGUAUUCUUGAAGGGCUGUUUGGACCUGCAUUAUUAAAAGAUCUCAGUUUAUUUAAAGACUGUGAACCUGAAAGCAUUUCUGAUUGGACUUUUGAUGAAAAUUGUCUGUUCUGUUGCUUGAGAAGAGAUAAAGUAAAGGGACACUUAGUCGGUCUGGAUGAGCCAGCUUCGGGAGCUGGGCAAGAAGCUCUGCUUAAACAAGAGCAAGCAAAAAUCAUUCGAUUCGAGAGACAAGCAGAAGAGUUCCUCAAUGCAGUCUUUUGUAGAAAAGACAGUCCCUGGGUCUCCGACCCCAAUAUUCCCCUAGUGGCCCGUGAGAUCAUGCAGCGAAUGAUCCAACAAUUUGCUGCUGAAUAUACCUCAAAAAAUAGCUCUACUCAGGACCCCAGCCAGCCCAAUAGCACAAAGAACCAAAGCCUGCCGAAAGCAUCUCCAGUCACCACCUCUCCCACGGCUGCAACUGCUCAGAACCCUGUGCUCAGCAAACUUCUCAUGGCUGACCAAGACUCACCUCUGGACCUUACUGUCAGAAAGUCUCAGUCAGAACCUAGCGAACAAGACGGUGUACUUGAUCUAUCCACUAAGAAAAGUCCGUGUGCUGGCAGCACUUCCCUGAGCCAUUCUCCAGGCUGCUCCAGUACUCAAGGGAACGGUGAGAACUCAGCAGAGGCAAUAGCAGUACAUUCUAACCAUCAGUCGAAGUCCCCACUGGAGAAGUUUAUGGUCAAACUGUGCACACAUCAUCAGAAGCAGUUCAUUCGUGUUCUGAACGAUCUGUACACUGAGUCUCAGCCCGCCUCCGAGGACCUGCAGUCUUCUGAUUCUGGAACCAUGGACGCCUCUACCUGCGAUGCUGGCUGUGCCCAGCUCAGCACCAGACAUACAGAAAAGGAUGCUCUGUGUCUCAACAUGAAGUCUUCUACUUCUGUAGACUUGCCCAUAGACUCUGCAGGCUCCCACAGCCCUCCACAUUUGACAGAGCAGGCCCUAAAGGAGCCUCCGCCUGAGACAAACUCUGUAGAUGGAACAGAGAAGACUCUGACUGUUGUCCAAAAAGAUUCCUCUGAACUUCCAACCACUAAACCUAAUUCAAUGGAUAAUUCCACUCUGGGAUACCUCACUGCACCGAAUUCUUCCUCAUUAAACUUCCACCGCAUCUCUAAGAACCUGGAGGGGCAGACCACUGAACAGGAGCAAGACACAGAUGUGAAAAUAUGUGAAGAUGGUAAAGACCAUGUGCAGAGUGCAGCUUUAGUAGAAAAUCUAAUUGCAGUAAAAGCGGCAGCUGAAAAUAAUGAGGAGAGCAACAGCUGUAUUGUUUCUCAAAGAAAUUCAUUCAAAGCUUUAUCAGAAGAGGCUUGGGACUCAGGGUUUAUCGGGAAUUCACCUAGAACUGCUGACAAAGAGAAUGCUUUACAGUGUAGCUCAAAAACACCUUUACGCCAGGACUUAGAGGCAUGUGAACAAGAUUCAAGGCCAAAGCAAGAGAACCAUCUUCACUCCCUAGGAAGAAAUAAAAUGGGUUACCAUUUACAGCCCAGUGAUAAGGGCCAGUUUGAUCAUUCCAAAGAUGGUUGGUUAGCCCCCAGCCCCAUGCCACCUGUACACAAAACAUCAAAUGGACACUCACGAACCAAGAUGAUAUCCACCUCCAUUAAGACAGCUCGGAAAAGUAAAAGGGCAUCAGGGUUGAGGAUAAACGAUUAUGAUAACCAGUGUGAUGUCGUUUAUAUCAGCCAGCCAAUAACAGAAUGCCACUUUGAGAAUCAAAGAUCGAUAUUAUCUUCUCGGAAAACAGCCAGGAAGAGUACUCGAGGAUACUUUUUCAAUGGUGAUUGCUGUGAGCUGCCAACCGUUCGCACGCUGGCCAAGAAUUUACACUCCCAAGAAAAAGCGAGCUGCUCAACUGUGGCAUCAGAGGCAGUGGUCACUCCCAAGCAGACCCUUGUCACGUCAGCACCUCAACCUACAGUAGAAGUAGAGCAUCCCAGAGAAGACAAGCCUGAAGAACCUAGUAAAGAAACAACUCCUCUCACUGAAGGAGACAGAGAUGCAUCACCUGAAAAGGCAUCUCAAGAGCCAGAGGUUUGCCCCGUGACGAAUAAUGCAAACCCGAGUGGCUCCCCCACAUCAAAGGAAACAGCAGCCUGCAGUCCAGAGUGGCCCCUCCCUGCUCAUCUUCCUGAAGAGGACCCACCAGAAGGCAGCUCCAUGGUCUCAGCUCCCAUGGGAAGUGAGAUGUCUUCCCCUGGACGAGACCAGCAGCCAGUUGAACUGCUGAGUACAGAGGAGAUGAGUGUACCCCGAGACUGUCCCCUGCUUCCCACCACAGAGAGCAUUUCUGAGGGAGGCAGUGACGAUGUUGCUCCCAGGCCUGGUUCCCCUCCUGAAACAGCAGAGAGAGAAGAAAGCCCUCUGUGUUCAGAAAAUCAAAGUCCUUCUGCGGUCUUGGAUCCUCCCAUGAGCCCAGGAAAGGCCGAGGAAGAGCCAAGUGUCGCUACUGAGGCUGAGACCGAAGACACUCAGGAGCUAGAUACUGACCCACUCUCGAAGGAAAGCAGCACUUUGACAAAUGAAAACCCCAGUGAAAUUGAGGAAAGUGAGGCAGCAGGUGGUACAGGAAAAUUAGAGGGAGAGGAUGGUGAUGUCAAACAUCCUUCAGAAAAAGAUGCAUGCGAUCAAAACACUGAGUCACCUGAAGAGAAUCUAGACAAGAAGAAAAAAGGUAGAAAAUUACCUGAGGCCUCUGAUAGGUGUCUCAGAAGUCAGCUUGCAGAUUCUUCCUCUGCUGAGAGGUGCCUAAAAAAUCAAAGUUCAGAUUCUUCCUCUCCAAGUGCUGAUGUCAAGGUUUCUAAAAGUUCUGGUGCAAAACGCUCUAAAAAAGAAGGGUACCCUGUUGGGACAACACCCGAGAGCCUCCUUACUGAAGGCUUCCAUACAAAAGCUCCGGAAGACACUGAAAACCCAAUUGUCAAUGAAAGCACCCCUGAGAAAGAAAACAUCCCUGAGAAAGACGCUGAGCAGGAGGUUGAAGUGGGUGGGGUGAUCACCAGGCAGACUUUUAAAAACAUGCUGGUGAAAGAAGUCAAGGGGGAAGAAGGAAGUAUUUUCCCCAGCAGUGAUCCCUUAGCCACAGUUGGCCAGCCCCUGCCUGGAGAGAAACUGGAAAUCUAUGUUGAGUCUAAAUUAGGUGAGAACAGUACUCAAGAGCCCUCUGAAAGCAUACCUUGUACUUUCCCAGAAGAAUCACAGGGGAAGCCAGGACCUGUUCCUGCACAGGAGACGGAGGAGGCCGUGAAUGAAAUAGACAGUGCCGACAGUCAGCAUAAAGAUGGCGAUAGUGAUGACGUGCCGUCUAGCACGCUGGGAUCAUCAGGUAGUGGAAAUGAUGACACUGCAGUGCCCCCAAAAUGGGCCCCAAGGCUUACAAGACUGACCUCCUCCACCUACAACCUAAGACACACUCAUUCUCUGGACUCCUUGGAUACUAUAAAAGUGACUUCCGAAAAGGAAGCAGCACAAGGAAACCCAAUCCCAAAGGAAAAUGCAGCUUCCGAGAGUGGAGAUCCCGUCGAUGAGGGUGAUGUGGACACCGUGGUGGACGAGCAGCCAAAGUUUGUGGAAUGGUGUGCUGAGGAGGAGAACCAAGAGCUCAUUGCCAACUUCAAUGCCCAGUACAUGAAAGUUCAGAAGGGCUGGAUCCAGCUCGAGAAAGAAGCCCAGCCAACACCAAGGGCAAGGAACAAGUCUGAUAAGCUGAAGGAGAUUUGGAAAAGCAAGAAAAGGUCACGGAAAUGUCGGGGUUCACUGGAGGUUCAGAAGUUUUCUCCUGUUCAGAUGUUGUUUAUGACAAACUUUAAAUUAUCUAAUGUUUGCAAGUGGUUCUUAGAGACAACUGAAACCCGGUCUCUGGUCAUUGUGAAGAAGCUCAAUACUCGUCUUCCAGGUGACAUCCCACCCGUCAAGCACCCUCUUCAGAAGUACCCUCCUUCCAGCCUGUACCCCAGUUCUCUACAGGCCGAACGCUUGAAAAAACACUUGAAGAAAUUUCCCGGAGCUACUCCUGCCAAGAACAAUUGGAAAACACAGAAGCUCUGGGCUAAAUUUCGAGAGAAUCCCGACCAAGUGGAGCCCGAGGAUGGCAGUGACAUGAGCCUCAGCCCCAGUCCUGAAGAGAGUGUAGAGGAGGUCAAGGAAGGUAGAAGCAGCCAUCCUCCCACCAACUCACCGACCCCAGCCAGUACCCGCAUCCUUAGAAAAUACUCCAACAUUCGAGGAAAGCUCAGAGCCCAGCAGCGUCUGAUCAAGAACGAGAAAGUCGAAAGCCCAUUUGGUCCAGCUGUGGAAAGCAAACAGAGUUGCAAGAGUGUGUGCAUCAACCCUCUGAUGUCCCCCAAGCUCGCCCUGCAAGUCGGUGCGGAUGGCUUUCCCAUUAAGCCCAAGAGCACCGAUGGAACGAAGGCAAGGAAAGGGAAGCAGGUGCCUGAGGUCUUGCCAAAAGCAGAGGUUCAGAAUAAACGCAAGAGGACAGAAGGCAGCAGCACUCAGGACAGGAAGGACAAGGGGCCUGCGAUGAAGUCCAGCAAAGAAAGGCAUGUUGAUGGGUCCACCAGAAUCUCCGCUGCCAAGAAGCCAGCCACAAGGGACAGAAGCAGCCAGCUGCCCAGAAAGACAGCUUCAAAAGAGAAUAAAGUGAAGAUCCCUAAAAAGUCACCUGGGAAGAGCUGCCCGCCCUCCAGGAGAGAAAAAGAGAAUGCAAACAAAAGACCUACCCAGUCCUCUGCCUCGGAUCCGGUGACAAAAUCUGCAAAGCAAAAAGGGGCAGGUGAGUCCUCUUCCAGGCCACAGAAAGCCACAAAUAGAAAGCAGAGCAGUGGAAAGACUCGGGCCAGACCCUCGACAAAAACCCCAGAGAACAGUGUGGCCCAGAGAAAGCGAAAGCUGAAGGCAAAGCUGGACUCUUCCCACAGCAAAAGAAGGCGGUUGGAUGCAAAGUGAUUCGCAGGGCAGUAGCCCAGAGUUGAAACUGUUCUAUAGAAGUAACCCUUUAUUUUGCAUUAACUAAAUCUGCUUUUAUAAGCUUAUCAAGCCUUUCAAAUCUGCAGUUAAUGGAGAACACCACAAUUUAAGAUGUCAAAAAGUGCGUCUCAGAUGGAGAAGGGAACUUGCAGAGUCUUUCUCUGAGGCUGAGUAAGGGAAGUUAUAUAUUAUAUUCUGGUUGUUCCUUGGGUUUUAAACUUGGAACCAAGCAGUUUUAGUUUUUAAAAGUACAGUGCCUUAUUUAUCCUUUUUGUUUUUAAAUUUACAAAAGCUAAAAAGCUGAUCUAUGUGAUUAAAGGCUUGUAUUUUAUACUUGAUGCACAAGCACUUGUACUGUAGCCAAGAAGACCACCAUCAUGCACAUAAAAGUAGCUUUUCAGCAGCCACCCUGCAGUGUCAGUACACAAACAGAUGCUCCUCUUUGCAAACCCCAGCAGUGAACUUCCCUCUGUCUUGUUUGUUCAAAUGAUAUUUGAAAGCUAAACCAAAUCAUUUUUACAGUAUGUGGAGAAUGCAGAGGGAAUUUAUAGUUAUUAUAAAAGAUUAAUACUUCUGUUACCCCUUUUUAAAAAUUCAUAUUCGUUGUUGGUCACUCAUCUCUGGUCUUUUGUCAUUUGAGGAAAUAUAUUCUAAAUUAUGUGCCCAUGGGACAAAAGGUGUGUCACAGGUGUUAAUAUUGAUAUAUGAGCUCUGAAAAUUAUUCACACCCCCCAAACUAUUUGCAUUACUGAUUCUUCCCAUCCUUUUCAUUUUUGAUCUUGCACGCUUGCUAACACACUAAUCAGGUUUUCAUUCUACUUUGGGAGAAAAAAAAAAAAAAGCUAGUAUCUUUUUGCCAUAAUUUGACAAUUGGGAUAAGAGUGACCAUUCUAAUUAUUUUUCUUGUCUUGAGUACUUCUGUAUUCAAAGAAAGCCAAAAUGUUAUUUUCAGUAAUAGGAAAGUUUAAAAGAGUGUGUGUGUGUUAGGGGGUAUUUGCAUGUGGUUAUAAAGCCACAAAUGUCUCCCAUUUCCCCAGUUCUACAGUAAAAUUCUUUCUUCUCCAUGCAGUGUGAUAGGGUGUUCAUGAGCUGAGUAAUUAGCGUAGGCCAGAUGGCUUAAAUAUAGCCUAGGGUCUCUAUGAGCAUUCCCCAAAUCACUAUGGCACCAGACUCAGAAUUAUAAAAAGGUCAGAGCAGCCUUUCAGUUGGAGAAAGUAGCACCAACAUCUCAUUGUGUGCCCACACACAUCCCAGUACCAGGAGCUGAUGCUCAGCUGGUAUUCCAGUGUGAAAUGUACAUGUUUAGAGUAGAUGCCCUUUCUGAUGGAUUAACAUCAUACACUGUAGUUAAUACUUAUAGAAUCACAAUGGCCUCUAUCACGUCGGGCUCUGUUCCAUGGCUCAAAAGCAAGAGCUGCAAUAUUUGUAACUGAUGUUGUUUGAGACCUGAGAUGAGUGUAUUGGCUUUACCUUGGUGCCUGUAACAUUGCUCUAUUAUAACACAGUGUGUACUCGGCAUCUCCAUUGGGCCACUCUGCCAAUAAGUGUUGCUCGCUGAAGCUUCAGCCAGCUUCUCUGACAUGCUCUGCCCCAAAAUAGGCUCGUAUGGACAGCUGCUACUCCGUCCUUUUUAUUAAAAGAUUUUCCAUCCCUAUUGCUUGAAAUCUGUUUGGAUAAACCCCGAUGUAUCUGUUUUCAUGCAUUAGUUCAUUCAGAUCAUGAUAAAACAAGUUUUCUACCCAUUCUGUUAAAGUUUUGCUGUAUAUAAUGAAAACUUCUGCGGAUUGGAUAGGAUUAGAAAAAAGUGUUUGAUUCAUGGGAAACUGAGCACGGUGUUGAAUUUUGCAGAUAGUGAAGCUUACUAUCUUCAAAGAAGCCUUUUUGUUCCCCCCUAGUGUCUCCUCUAUCCCAUGAGUCUUUUUUUCUUUUUUUGUAUCUUUGACCUUGGCCAUUCCAGAGCUACCUAUAUUAAUGAAACUGCUGAGUGUGUGUGUUGGCAACCUUCCUCAGCAUUAAGUUGCACAGAAGCAUUAACGUGUUUUAAGUAGGUUCAUUUAAUCUAUGUAAGUGGUUUUAAAGUUUUUUUUUAAAAAUCUUUUCAUAGAGUCGUCACUGGAUGUUGUUUUUGUGGUGACUUUACCAGUGGAGGUCUGCCCACAUCAGGUGUGCUGGCCCCUGUACAUACGUUCAAGGUGCCCCUUAGCUGGACACAGACUACCUUGUAAGGGUGCUUGGGUUAGGUUAGGGAGAGAUGCCAGGCUGGAGGUAGGUGGCACUUUUCCAGUUGCAGGUUAUAAUCCAUUCCAUUCCUUUCCUCAUUUCUUUUUCAUUUUUAAAAGCUUAUCACUUCAAGAUCAUAGCCUUCUCUCCCAUUCUAGACAGCAUUGGAGAAAAGAUACCAUUGUGCAUCUAUUUAUUUUAUAUACCUACCAAUGCAAUGGAUCAUCUUUAAAAUCAACUUACACUUUAUAACAGACUACAUUUAAAUAGACUGGGAUUCUACAUAAGUAAGACACUUAAAAGUUUAGAAUUAUAUUUGUUGAAUCUCACUUUUGCUGAUUCAGUUAACUUUACUCAUAGAAAAAGGAAAAAAGCAGACUUGAGGUCCAACUCUGGAAGGCACGUUUACACUUAUAGCAGAUGCUGGCAAGCCUGUCUCUCAGACACCUCCAAGCCUAGACUUGGUUCUGACUCAAGACUCCCCUUGAUCUCCCCCACUUCCUGUAGCCAUCGUCGCAGUGUGGCUUGCACCGGACGCAAAGGCAGUCUGUCCCACCUUCUGGAUUCCAAGUUUAAAAGGAAUUCAGCUCCUGGGCCUGUACUCAGAGAAGUGACUUUUGGAGCUGACAUUGAUGACCAGAUAACAUCAGUAUUCCCUCUGAGCUUCUGGGGGAGCUGGAAGACUCCUGGAAAGCAGUCACUGAAGCUCCACCAUAGCUCCCCAGAGCUGGGCCCUCUUUAGGAGGUCCUUUUCCAUCUCCCAUUUUCUACCCUCUGAGGCUCCCCCGGUUUGGAGGAACCACCUGGAGUCUGCACCCUUGGUCAGGGUCCAGAGCCUUGCCCCUGGCACUGGCACAGACAUUUUAACAGUCUUGCAGCACAGCAGGAAGGCUAUGAACCUUUGUUCUGCUUGUGAGGCUAUGUAUGUACAAAUGUUAGUCAUGUCUGUUACCCUGAAGUUGCUAGUCCCUUGGCUCCCUUUGGUAGGCCAGUUCUGUUGUAUCUGCACUUCAUUAAAGACUUCUACACAAGCCUUAUUUUAAAAAUAAUCUUAGGCCGUGGGUUUCAUGCCUCCUUGUUCCUGUGUAGUAUAGAUGGAAGAGGUGUAGUUAGUCAUCACUUCAUAAAUGUGGUUCUUCUAAUGGGGUCCUCUGUGCAUCAUGAGACUGUGCAGGUGAAUUCCUCACAGUUCAGAUAGGUCAUCAAUAAACACAUCACUUCAUGACAGUCGUUUCGAAUUGAAGUUUGGACUCUUCUCCCUUGGAAUGAAUUCUGUAGUGAAGACUGAAGCUGUCACUGUCAUUUGUGGGCAGCUUGCCUAUUGAGCAGUGGGCCUAAGAGCCAAGAAGGAAAGGCCAACGUGCCAUGUGAGGCAAGCUGGAGAUGCCGUAGUGAGUGCCACCAUCGGCGAGUCUGGUAUCUGGUCACUUUCCCUGGGACAGAACUGGAAUUUCCCCAGGUGCUGGCCAAGGGUACCCCAACCGCCUGCUCCUUAUAGUUUCAGGUCAGCCCAUGCAGGCUCUCAUUUGGCCUACAGAUGAUCCUUCACUGCUCUGCAAACUGUGGGCUGGUCAUGCUUUUGUAAAUAAAAGUGUAUUGGAACACAGCCAUACCCAUUCAUUUAGGUAUUAUCAGUGGCUGUAUGUAUUUGCAGCAGAGUUGAGUAUCUGUAGCAGAGACCACAUGGCCCACAAAGCCUAAAAUAUUUACUACUUGGAUCUUUGAGAAAAAGUUUGUUGACCCAUGCUUGAGAGAAGAAUCUCUUUUCAGGGGGAAAAAAAAACUUUGCUGGUUUAUCUUCUCCUUUCUUCUGCCUCUUCUCUCUGUCCUCUUCUUCUUCCUCCUCAUCUUACCUCAAUUUUGUUCUUUUUUCGUCUUUUUCAUACUACGAAAGAGACAUGUUGCCACAGCACAUCAAAUACCAUCUCCUGAAACCUGAACUGCCUUAGCCUCACAUCCUAUUAGAAUCACCCAUCACCUUUAGCCUCUAGUCAGAAUCCAUGAGCAAAUAGGAAUUUGGAGUUCUAAAAGUAUGUGGCCUGGGCCUCUCCUUUCAUUCAGUUUUUAUCAUAGACUUGACUCUGGCUUCACUUCUUGUUUAUUACUAGUCAAGUAAGCCAAGAUUUUAUUUCUUUCAAAGUUAGUUGAGACUUCGUUAGGUGGCUCUUCAGUUUUCUGAACCUUACAUUUAGAUAUGAAAAGCCUUUUCACAGAGGGAAAAAAAGUCCAAUCACAAACCCAAAUUGUUGUUUAUUAUAGUUCUGGCCAGCUUCUGGGAAAAUGUAUUGACACUAUUUUUUUCAGUCACACACUCUUCUUUCAAAAUAAUUAUAUUAAAAGCAAGCCAACAACUGAAAAACAGAAGCUUGAAGUGCUUUAGAAAGAAUAAUAGAAAAUUGGGGCAUAUUAUAACCUGAAUGUGACAGAAUUUAUGGAUGGUAUCUUUAGAUUAAAUCCAGUUAACUUCCAAGGUUUGUCUUCUCCCUCCCCAAAACUCAAGGAUCCGUUUCUAUGUUUUUUAUCAAAAUGAAGGAUUGAUAAAAUUUUGUCAGUGGCUCUAAAACAAUGACUGUUUCGUAUGUUUUGAAACAGAUAAUUAUCAUUUGAAUUGUUUCCUAUGAGUUUUUACCUUCUUAUGGCUUGAUAGCCACUGAAAUACUGAAAUUUUUCCAAGUAUGAAGUCAUGUCUGUGUCAGGCAUCCACAAGGCAGUCCUCACAUCCCAGCAUUGUGUACUUUGCCCCAGGCUUGCUCCCAAGUCCUUUUCAGGGAAAAAAAGAGCAAAAAGAUUACUGUAGUUAAAAGUAGCAGAAUUUGGGGAAGCCUGUUGAGACAGCCUGUGAUAUAGCUCAUCCCUUGAAACAUGAGAGCCAACUGCUCUCACCUCCAGUGGAUGGGCUGGAGGACACAAAGGUCUGACCCCCUUCCCUUAAAGACGUCCAGCCAUGCUGAGGCAGAGCCCCAGAGUGCUCCGACGCUGCUCCCGGCUCAGGGCUCAUCAUGCUGUACCGAGGACCCAGGCAAUCACCCGGGGCACUCUGCAGGCAUCCUUGCUCAUGCUUUUUUGCCUCUGGUUUGAGCCAGUGCUGGCUAUUUCCUUGCAAUACCUUCCCUUUGAUCCUUUCCCCAGAACCCUGGUGGUUUACAUCAGUGCUCAGAGGGGCUGGCGAGCACGGUGACAGAGGCUCUUUCACCUGCGUGGGACCAUUCCAUUUAACACGAAGUGCUCAGUAAGCAAGCCACAUGGAAGUAGAUUGCUCAUUUAAAAAGAUCCAACUUGCCCAUAGUUGUAUAAUCCGCCAGAGAUUGGAGGAAUGCAUUAAACAAGGUAUAAUGGGUUAUGUUUUAAAGAAAAAGAGACCCCAUGUGGCCCACAUAGCCUAAAAUAUAAACUAUUUAAUACCUGACCCUUUUCAGAAAAGGUUUACUGAUCCUUGCCCAAUCCUUGCAAUAUGCCAUUCAAGAUCAAAUUGUGUGGUCACAGGCACAAAUGUAUUUUUUUCAUGUAGUCCAGCACUGCAACAUUUCUUUUGUUUUAGAUUUUACCAUUUCUUGCCUGUUAUCUUAGCACACAGCUGCUAUCCCACAUUAUUCCUAAAUAAUGUUCGUGUAUUAAAGAACACAUAUCCCUUUGUGGAUUGAAUAUUUGUUGAAUUGUGGACAUUCAAUCUGAUCUACCAGAAUACCAAGUUAAAGUGAAAAGUACAAAGUCUUUUAAACUGAAAGUACUACAGUUGUCUUCAUGUUUAUGAGUUAAGGUGAACUUGACUCUCAUGGAACGACAUUCCUCGACAGCAGUGCUCAACAUAAAUGGAUUUACUCAUGAACUCAAAAGCCUAGAAUACAGCCCCUCCCAGCAGGUACAGGGCAUGUUGGUUUCACCCCCAGAAACCAUACAGUGUAUUUGUGUACAGUAUGUUUGCAAGUUUAUCACUUCCCAAGCUUUGGUCAUUACUUGUGAACAUACAUGGCUGGUCUUUGCCUGUUUGAACCUCAUUCCAGAUCCCCCAUUCUCAACUCUUAAAAAUACCAGCAUGUCAAUGGCACCUUGUCAGCACACCAGCAGCUUUAGACUGAAGUUCAGGGCUCUCCAGCCUGGCCAGCGAAACCCACUCCUGCCUGGUCAGGCCUAGCUCACCUCAUUUUAAGGCCCCACCUUUGUCACCUUGCCUCUUCCCUCUUCUUCCGCCCCCAGGCCCCUUCCAGGAGAAACCUUCUCUGGGAAGCCACCUACCUUUCGAGUGCUUCGCUGAACAUGUGUAUGUCAUAUUACAAGCAUUUCAUGACUGUUUUUCUUCUCAUAUUUAGCCAUUGGGUCCAAAUGCUAUUCAGCUUAUCAACUUUCUCACUCAAAUUGUUUUCUGUAAUCUACACUUCAUGUCAUCUUAUAGCUAACACUGUAGAAUUUGGGAGCUAGUUUGUGGAAGAGAUACUGUACAAACAAGAUUUUCAUAAUUUUGUAUAUUUAUACCACAGGUAGGGAUGAGUUUUAGAGCCCUAUAGCUUAAGGUUGUUAGUUUCACCAGUGAUUUCUUCAUUCUUAAUAGCUCUAGGAGAGUGUGUGACUAUGAUUUCAAAUACAUAUAUAUAAUACAUAUUUAUACACACCACUGUGAAAUUUAUUUCACUGUGUAAAUAGUGGUAUUUUCCUGUUCAAAUGCUUCUAUAGAAAGUAUUUAUUUUAACAAACAAAAACUGUCAAAAGGGCUUUCCAAAAAAGUGUUCUUUCUAAAAACCCAUCCUCCCCAGCUCCCAUGCUCAGCCACUGAACCCCCAAACUACAUCAUGAAGGGUGAAACCUUGAAGCCCUCACUGUAUUGGGGCAGACACAACUGCAUUGGGAAGCUGAGCACAUUGCCCACUGUCACGCCAUCCCAGAACAAAGUGGGUCUCCCACGAUGGGGUCAGCUGUGCCAGCCAGGGCAUUGGGACUUGUCUCAAGCCACCCACUCCUUAUAUACACAGUUGGCCCAUUCUACUGUACAUUUCAACAGCCUGUGCAGGGAGACGAGCCCUUGUUGUAACCCCAAGGAAAUCCAAACCUAUACCUGUGGGAUAUGGAGAAACCACUGGUUGCCUAAAGAAAGCAUUAAGAUGUAUUUUAGUCUUUCUCACCUUCAGGAAGGACACCUGUUCCCGCUCUCUUAAACCAGGGGAGAUAAGCUUGCUUCCUCCCGCACCUUGACAGUGCUGAGCACCUUAGCUCACAGCCGUCGCCGCCUCCUCUCCCACCCCCUAUCUGUCUCACAAGCCUCCGCACAGAUGUGGGUCAACCCCACCUGUAACCGAUGGUACAGAAUGAGGCCGUCUGCUCUAAGAUGUAUGCAGCGUUACUUCUCAGGAGUCCUGAUCUGCAAUUCAGUCCCCGUAGAUGAAACAGAACCGAUGCUUUCCCAUCGUGUUCCUCUUCCCUGUGCUCCAUUCCUGGGCACCCCUGUCUGAGCCACAGCUUUGCUGUCCGGCUGGCUGGCUGGCCUAAGAACUGUAGCUCCAGGCCUGCGGAGAGCUUGGGACUGGACACGCAGGGAUUCGUGUCAUCCAUUUGAACCAUAAUUUGCCUGUUUACUUAUGGCCUCCCUUUGUCUUUUCUAAACUAAUGAGGAAGACACUUGAACAGUAAUGCUGGAGAAUGUUUUUUCUAAGAUACUGUUUGUAAGCAAAUCUGAUUUUAAGAUGAAAUGUGAAUGGGUAACUAGGUGCCAGGGAAUUUAGCACUGAACUAGACAGUUGAAACUUUUUUAACCUUUGCAGGAAAAAAUACUUUGCUCUCAUCUAAAUGUUCACAAGAAAUAAUGUUGUAAAUAGUUUUUAAAAAAAUAUUUAUUACAUGUGCUGUAUACAGAUUCAUGUUCCGAGUGAUGUUGGUUUGCAUUGUAGUAUUGUAGAAGAAUAUAUUUUGAGCAGUGGACUUCCUUUCAUAACACAGUACACACAUGGAGAAAGAACAAAAAUGAGCAGGUUGAGAGCUGUUUGGGGCAUUUGAUCUGUAAUGUUACAUCAAGUCCAAGCUUUAACUGCCCCCUCUUCUCAUCUGGUUAUGGUAUAUAUUAUAUAUAUACAUAUAUAUAUAUAAUAUACACACACAUGUAUGUAUGAUAAACUGGUCAGUGGUCAGUCCCCAGAGCAGAUUUCCAGGUGUUCUUUCUGAUGUGUUGCCCGUAAGCAAUAAGAUUCUAGGUAAUAACAUUUAUUCCGGGCUCUGCGUUAGCCCUUGUCUCAGAGGAUAGGGUGGGGGGUAGAACAGCUCUUGCUAAGACCUCUUGCCUUUGCUGGAGAGGUUGCUGUACUUGAAUUUUUGCUUCUGUUUGUCUGCACGCUCCUUCACAUUAUACAAUGCUAGCAAUGGAUGAGAAAUCUGCCAGGACCAGACACCUCAAAAAUUGGACAUAGAGACUGAAAAAUUACCAAUUUUCCAUGAAUUUUUAGGGUUUACAGAAUCUAGUUGAGGCAAAGCUCAUUUGGUUAUAGCAUACAUGUAAGAACUUUUUGCAUUAAAAAUGUAAAUGGUCAAUACAAAGUCCCUUGACUAUAUAUCUGACCUACCUUUAAGAGCUAGCCCAUUUCCUAUAUUCCUCUGUGCCUGGGUUUGAAACGUCCAAAGCCCCAGUGCAUGUCUGGGGUUAAACCCAUUUAGGUUCGUGCAAAGAGGGCAGUUGCUCCUCCAAGUAUCCCAGCGUGUCCAGUCCAACAGGUUUCUAAGCUGUUUAGCAACCUCUCCUUGUGACCGUCCUGAACUUUAUGAAAAAUACCCCACACCCAGAUAACCAUGAAUAGAAUAAUGUAGUUUUUUAGGCUUUUUGAAAUAUGUCUUCUCUUUUGUAUUUAUGAUGGUGUUUGGAAUUUUUCACUAGUGUUUUUUUAGAUCGAAGUGGGUGCAUUAGGAUAAAACUUUCCAUUGCUGCGCCUGAAAGCAAGCAAGAGGAAAGAAAUGGACCUAUGUGUGUCAUUGGGAAGGUGACUACUUCUUGUGGUGGGGGGAGGGAGGGAGGGAGCGUGGUAGAUUAUGUGGGGGUAAAAUAGAAUUCCGGCCUGAGGCUCCCCGAGUCUUAUUACCUUGUAAUAAAUAAUCCCUUUAUUAGCCUCACUUAAUCUCAAUAGAAGCCUGCUGUUUACCCUCAGGGAACAAGUAGUUUUCAAAAUUGAGCUCCUCCAAGGUCAUUGGCCAAUGCCUGCAUGCAGGCGUGGGUCGUCUUUGUGAACUCAUGGCAUUAUUUUCCCAUAUGCAUUAUGAUAGUAUGAAAUUCAACCCCAACCUGUAUGAAAAGCACAGCCCAGGGUCCUCCUUUCAGGCUAGAGUUAAUGCCUUUGAGAGGCCAGAGCGUCCUAGGAGGCCCAUGCAAUUUAACUGAAGCUCAGGUGCCGUGUUGGGUUUUUUAUUCUUCUUAGGCCACAACCUUCAGAAUGAGUUUAGGGCAGGGCUGCUGAUCCAGCUGUGGAUCCAGGGAGCUCUAAGAUGAAUCUCUACCGUUCCUGUAAAGGUCUUUCUGGUUCUUCCCAGUGUUGUCCUUGCUGAGGUCAGUCUCGUAGUUGUUCAGGUGUGCUCCUCUUUUGCCGUCUUGUGAGUUGUAGCCAGCGAUCCAGAUGCCCAAGGACAGUCUCCAGAGGGCCUCGCUCCUUCCCGGUACCAUGUGUGUGCGCCUGACCUGUGUGAAGAUGGUCUUGUCAAAAGUAGUGACAUGAGAAAUCCUGCAAAUGGUAAUCCGGUGAUCAGCAUGUUUCCCUUGGGCCUGGAUUUCCACUAUGUUAGUGAGUGUAGGAAAAUACUGUGUCUGUUAUGGAUGAAAAUUCAAUGUAUGCUGUGAAUUUGUUGGUUUGAAACAUUGAAAAAUUUUCAUUAGACAAUGUUUACAUACCUCACCUGAAGAACCUUUGAGAGUGUAUAUAUGAAAUUUAAAAUAUAUUAAGUUGCUUUAAAAACAAUAUGUAUAGCUAUAAAAGUUGGAGUUAUUUUAACUUUGAAUAUGUACCAAGUCUCAAAUAUUGAAAUCUUGUGGACUCUGUGCUUCUGUGUUUUGCUUUCCUAUUAGACUGUGUAGGAAACUGUGUUCUUGUUACUGGUAAAGGGGCCCUCAAUGAAAUCCAAGCUUGGAAGAAUUUCCUAGGUUGUUUCAGAUUUUCUUGUUUGGUUUUGAGGGGUGGGGUGUGGAGCUGGAGGCUGUGUGGGAGGGAUUUCUCUAACAUUGACAUCUAUUCCAUGAGCUUUUCCUAGGCGCUUAUUUUAUUGCAGUGUAUUAAACUUCUUUGAUAUUAAA